AGCACCCAGAGAGGAAGCGGAAAUGCGUUGAGGUAUUAAAGGCAUCGCCCCGGCUCUGGGUUCCUCUUUCCGUCUCCGGCCGCCACAGUGAGAGGAGUCACCGUCUUUCUCUGCUGUCCGAGCGCGUCCUAGCGCCGGUCCGCUUCUCCGGGUGACACCUUUCACGUGCCCGUGUCUCCGCAGCCGCCGCCAUGUCCGCGCAUCUGCAAUGGAUGGUCGUGCGGAACUGCUCUAGUUUCCUCAUCAAGAGGAAUAAGCAGACGUACAGCACCGAGCCCAAUAACCUGAAGGCCCGCAAUUCCUUCCGCUACAAUGGGCUGAUUCACCGCAAGACCGUGGGCGUGGAGCCCGCCGCCGACGGCAAAGGUGUCGUGGUGGUUAUGAAGCGGAGAUCCGGCCAGCGAAAGCCAGCCACCUCCUAUGUGAGGACCACCAUCAACAAGAAUGCUCGGGCCACGCUCAGCAGUAUCAGGCACAUGAUCCGCAAGAACAAGUAUCGUCCAGACCUGCGAAUGGCUGCCAUCCGCAGAGCCAGCGCCAUCCUUCGCAGCCAAAAGCCUGUGGUGGUGAAGAGGAAGCGGACCCGCCCCACUAAGAGCUCCUGAGCCUCAUGCCUCUAAAGCAAUAAAGAGUAGCUUUCUCACCUGC